UAUAUCCCUAAUUAUACGCGCAAUGGGCUCCUCUGUUUCAAAAAUAACUCGAACAGCUGGAGCAAGAGCCCGCAAAUAUCCAACGCGCGUUCCAAACGUCACAAAUAAUCCUCCUCGACCUCUGCCACCGCAGCACUCGAAACCAGGACCAUCCGUAGAUCCUCCUCCACAAGUCAGUGACUCGAAUAAUCAAGCAAUUGAUCUCGACGCCCAUGACCCGCUCCUCGCCUCCCGCCUCAACACUCUCGGCGCCGUCCAACCAAACCCUCACUACUCCCCCUCGUCAACCUCACCCCUCGAUCCUGAGCGCAAUAUCUCCCCCUCUCGCUCAACAGACCCCAAUAUGCCACAUUUCCCACCCGAAGCAUUCUCGAAUAUUCAAGAUAAUCCGGCGAUUCGGGUCCUGCAGGCUCGACAGAGGAUCCAGGACGAGGCAGAGGAGGAGCUGGCGAUAGUUGGGAGGAAGGGGUUUCGGGGGAGAAAGUAUGUGGAUGCAGGGACUAUUGGGCUGGCAUUGAUGAGGAAGGAGAAGGGGGAAGCUGAGGAGAGAAUUGAGGAUAGUUUGCGGAUAAGGAAGGGGAGGUUGAGGGUGCUGGGUAAGGGGGUUGUGGAGGCAGUUUGAAGAAUGAAGGGAUUAGUGAUGAUGAAGCAGCAUCCGUGCCCGUAGAGGAUAAGAGUGAGUGUGAGGGCAAGGCACGAAAGAACAUGUCUGAACGAUGCCAAAGCCUGUGACGUGGUGGCUAGACAUUCCCAACGGUUACAAACGAGUAAGUCUCCAAAAUCUACCGGCGGUAGUUCUUUAGAUCGAAACGAUGAGAACACGAUUGAGUACUCUAGCGAGUCUCUACUCGGGAACACCCACCCUGGGAAGGACGACGCUUGUGUACGGAAUCGACUCUUCGGAAUAGCCUUUGCCAACACGAU